GGGCAGGAGGCAGCGAUGGCAAAGGUGGUGGCAUGGGGGGUGCUGGUAGCUCUGGUCACCACGCCCCCCCUCACCAAGGCACUGGUCACUGAGGCCCUCUCCUCCCAGGCCCUCUCCUCCCAGCUCUUCAUCCUCCCUCUCACACAUCUCAAUUUUAGCUUCCCGUCCCCAGGGGUGUCAUACAUACCCAGCCUCGUGAACAAGCCAGACCUACCCAGCUGGCUCCACUACUCCUACUCUGCUGCUGUUGUGACCGGCUUUGUCUAUGGUGUAGCUCCUGAGGGCCUGCAAAACUUUCAGCUGGGGGUGGUGGCGAAAGACAAACACACGUACCAGACCGCUCACAGAGUCUUCAAGGUUGAUGUCCUCCAGGAGCCUCGGAAGCCAUUUGAGGUGCGCUUCAAGAUCAAGAACAUGAAUGUGGAGGAGCUGCUGGUGGGGCGUCGCUGGGACCUCCUCCACAAUGUCAUCAACAACGACCUUUGGAACAAGAGUGCCCAUGACCUCACUGUGACUUACCUGGCCUCAGCAACCCAGCAUGGUGACCGCCUUCCAGCCAGUCCAGACCAGAAGGAAGGGGUGUAUGUUAGCUAUGGAAGCUCGGUUCCCUUCUCACCGGCCCUGCUGGAGCUGGAGAAAGAAGUGGAGCCUCUCUGGGACCACCACCCAUGCCCCACCUACUUCAAGAAGACCUCCUAUGAACGCUUCUUCCGCCAGCAAGGUUUUGCCAUUGACUGGUGUAGCUUCAGACUGCACAACAACACCAAGGAGUCCGAGAGGAUGAGGCAGAACUUGAUGGCGAAGGAGGCCGAUCUCAAGUCCCCCGUCAUCUCGGCCUUGGAGAAUGAGGGGCGACUCCACCUGCUGAGGAGGGAUGAGGUUGAGAAGCGUUCCUACACCUUUGACGUGGUGCACACCAUCCUGGUCCCUCUGGUGGUGAUGCUGGCGCUGCUGGGGCUGCUCACCCUUGCCAUGUGUUGUCACCGCACCAACAUGGAUCAGCGCUCCAGCAACUUUUUCGACGAACUGUUUGAUGACUUUCCACGGCUUCCCAAGGGACAGGAAAUCCAGAUAGUGCAGUACGCCAGCUUCCACCGUGCCACCGAGGCUCUGAGGUUCCUGAAGGGGCGCGAACACUCCCCGCACCCCUCCACAGCCACCACCACCACCCAGGUCGACACACUUACCCGCUCCCGCACUGCCAGCCCCUCCUCCACUCUCCCCAGGAACUCCACUCUCGGGAGCCGCCGUUUUGAGGAUUACGCCACACUGAGCAGACCAGACCCUCCCCCCUACCAGCGCAAGGUUUGGAUGGUGUGAAAUUAGCUCUGUGAGACAUUUCAUUGUUGGCAUGACUCCAACCCGCUGAAGAGGACUGAGCCUGAUCCCUUCCUGCCACCUGCCCUGCUACCUGAGCUUCACACCUGAGCAGCAGAAGCCCCAGCAUGUGUUAGCCUAGGAACAGGUGCAUGUAGGUGGCAAAAUCAUACACUAACAGACUAACCCGGUAGUACAUGAACUAUACACUAAAAAACAGUAGCCAAAGCAAGACUAACACAUGCUAACGUAAACCAGUCACCAUACCAUUUUUUUUACAUGAGUCCAGUCAGAACAAAGUAGAUAUAGCAGUUUUUAAAUGUAGUUCCUUCCUUUCAAAUGCAAACAUGUUAUCGAAUAAUGUCUCCCAUAUCUUAAUUCUUAACAUUGCCUAAUUGACUUAUGAAUCUACAAUCUAUACAAAGAAUGCCAAUAGAGCUGAUUAGUUUUUUAUCUCAUGCUUUAUAAUAUAUUUCAAAAGGUGUCAUAUUAGUAAGGAAAGUGAGCACAAAGGCAGUAUUUGAAACCAUUAGAUUAUACCCAUAAUUUCUAGUCAUAGCUAUUGGUCUACAAAUUAUAUAUUAGCAAGCUCUAGUCAAAACCAUUUGCCCAUAUGAGGUUUUCUAUUUAUUAUGUAUUUUAUAAGAUGUCUUGUCCUUAUGUCUCCUGCUGAGGCAAGACUUAGAACAGCGCCAGUAUUGGAAAUGUGUUCAUGAUGAGAUUAUACAGUUAUUAUUUCUAGUCACAAACACUGAUUUAGAGAGAGAUUAAGUAGUUAGAAGCUCUAGUCAUAUCCUUUCUUCAAUGUUACUUAGUCGUAGCUUCUUGUCAAAUGAUGUUUAUGUUGUGUAAUAUGUAGUGUUGUGAAUAUGAUAUGUUGUUCUGCCAAUACUGUACUGAAGAGUAUAUCGGAAAAGUACAGGUGAGUUUUAGGACAUAUUUUUAUGUAAUGUUGUUGUUUCUUGUAUUUAUUUAUGUACUUGAUCUUGUCUCUCCAAUUUUUUUUUUUUUUUUUUUUUUUUUUUUUUUUUUUUUUAUUCUGUAUCAUUAGCACAAAUAUGUUCUCAAAAGCCUCUGUUAAUUUAAUCCGAACCAUCGCACAAAGCACUAAAAGCUUACCAUUUUAGUGAUUUAAAAAGCUCACUCAGACAGAAGCAAAAUUACCACAGUGCAAUAAAUGUAAUUAGUUUCAUAUAACUGUAUCAAUGGGCGAAGGAAGGGUUGCAUGUGUUUGUGGGAUGCCUUGAUUGUUUUGGUGUCAUCCACAGACUAAUUAACAGUAUUACCAACAUAUCAGCUGCAGGAAUGAUAAGGUUGGCAACUCUUGGUGUGUGAGCCUGAUGCACCUGUCUGUGUGUUGGUGCUUUCCCUCAGAGGUUGUGUAUACAUACGUAUUAAAGGGAGACAGGUUGA